AUGCCUGCUCCUAUCGAGCAGCCCUCCGAGCCCGUCGUGCUCGUGCGCGACCCCGAGGACGAUGAGAGCUAUGUGAUCUCUGCCUACGAAGGCCACGCCGACCACUGUACUCGCUGUGCAGACCCGAUGACCGCGUACGAAGAGAAGCGCUCGCUGUGCAAGCGUGGUGCCCAGUAUGCCCGCGACGUGACCGAAUACCUCCGCAGCAAGAACGGAAAGAUCUACUCCGUUGUUGACCUUGAGCGCAACCGAUACACCCUGGUCAGGGUGCCCCUGAAGUGCGUCGCUGUUCGCCAGCUGCUCCUAGCAAUCGAAAAUGGUCUGCGUGUGAACACCAAGGAGGAAGUCACCGCUCGUGAGCGGCCGAUAAUCAGCCAUGAGCCAGCCCCUGUCCGCCGGACUACCACCCAAGAAGAUGUGGCCUGCACAGCAAUCAUUGAGCGAGAGCCACGCUCUCUGAGGCGUCACCGGGUCAUCGUCUACUCCUCUCCGCGGAGCUCUCCCAGCCGUGGGUCUCUGUAUGAGGCCGACGCCGCUGACCGCAUUGCGCGUGUCAACCGGUCCUCGCGCAUCUACCGGCCGAGCGACUACUACCGCUGA